CUUCCAUCUCGAGAUGGAAUAUUCCAAUCCAUUGAAGUUGUUGUGUCAGAACGCCAUAUUAUAUAACAUCAUGUAGGACCUCGAUGCUAUGUCGCCAAUGCAAACAGUUCAUCUUCGUUCCAAACUUAGAAAGCUCUGAGAGAAAUGUCAGAGAUCUAGAGAUCCGGUGUUGUAACUAGACCGUCGUCGCCACAUCCCAUGAUGGCGGAAAAGACGACUCUUUUCAUUGGUGCGCUGUGUCUCUGUAUCCUUGCCAACGCUCUCCUCACCAAGUACCCAAUCACGGUUACCAUUGGCUCGCCUCGCGUCAACACUACUGGGCUGCAGUUCCAAAUGGUGGGCAUAGGUGUCCCCACUGCACUGAAGAACGGUAGGAACGUUCUACCCUCGAUGUAUCGGAGGACUGUUGAACCCACUCGGGGGGUUACCAACUCUACACACAACGUCACAAACAUGGGACACGAAAGCACAUGGAAUACCACACAUAAACCGCCCCUCGGAAAAAAUACAACUAUGAGCAACUCAACGUUUGUGGAGAAAACUGGAAACGGUUCUCUGUCAAACAACACGAGAGAAAGUCCUGAAACACUUGCUAAGUGGAGGGAAGACAUGUAUUGUAAAAUGAAAACGAAGAUUCCAUUUUCAACGAUAAAUAAGAACUCUACGAACUUUGAAAAUCGUUCAGACGAAGAGGUUCUGCCCGAGGAGAGUCUGGAGAACUUGGUCAGCUACAACUCGUGCGCGAUUGUAAGCAGCAGCCACGCGCUCAUGGUCCACAAGUACGGAGGGGAGAUAGAUGCCCACGACGCCAUUCUGAGAUUCAACUGUGCUCCGACGGACAAGUUUGAAGAGUUUGUCGGCAGCCGGACGGACAUGCGCCUCAUUAAUACAAAGAUCCCAGGACGAACGUGCAAAAAGGAAUUUUGGAACGAUAGUAUCGCCAUGUUCAACCACGAAUUUACUGUCGUCAGGAACUUUGACGCGAUUCGUUUGAAACCACGAGGUAUCGACACAAAGAAAGACAGAUUUCGUGUUUUUGAAAACUUGAAAAAGUUCCGAAGGACACAUCCGAACCGUACAAUGCCUUUUAUACAAAGACCAAACUUCGGGAAAGACAUUGUUACUGAACUCGGGCGUUUCUGCAGUACUACUGGAAGAUGUAAGAGAACAAGCAAGUCGCCCAGUACUGGCAUGUUUGGUAUUGUGAUGAUGCUACAUCUCUGCAACUGGGUCCACGUCUACGAGAUUCUUCCGUCCAACAAGGAUGACACAAAUCUAAGGUAUUACUACGACGAGAAGGCCAAACUUCUCAAGCCGACUGGUGGAGUCCACUCCUACAGCCAAGAGCAGCAGUAUAUCCGGACCUUGUCACUGACUUCUGAUCAGGACAUAGCCAAUACCGGCGUGGCACUGUUAAAAGGAUUGGCCAAGGUUCGCUGUGAUUAGCCUUUCUACGCCGGUUAUUGGAUACGUACAUGCCGAUCAAUGUUGUUGCCAUGACACUCUGUUGAUUGACAGGAAACUAAUCAGGACAUAGCCAAUAACGGCGUGUUAAAAGCAUUGGCUUAUUAGGUUUACUGUAAUUGACGUUAACAGAAUUAGCCAUGCUACGUCGAUUUUUGGAUACGUGCUUGUUGCCAUGACACUCUGUUGAUUGACAGGAAAAUUACAUCGGGAAGAUUCACGUGACUGAAUAAGGUGUAAGACACCUUGUAGCUGUGAGUGCGCGUGUUCUUAGUUCAAAGUUCAAGGACCCUACAUUGUAAACUACCCUUUGGAAGCGCUGGUCACGUGAAUAUUCAUUUAGUCUGUGGGGCCUUAACCUCUGACCUUACCCACAAUGCCAUAGAAGUAGAUUAUUGCUUAUUGAGAAGAUAUAUUCCUUUGCUAUGGACCGUGACACGUGACACCUGGUGGCGGCUGGAAGACAUCUGACGACACCUGUCCCUCAUCGAACGUCAGGAAAGUGUUGUUUGCCGCGUUGACGAGCAACGCAGACGGCAGCCCUGCAUUAAAUAUGAUUCAGACCAUGACGCCCAUGCAAGAUAGCAAUGUAGUAAUGACAGAAGUAGACCACUUAGCAAUAUAUUUCCACAUUAGGCCACAUUGACUUAAUUCUAUCAGCGCGCGCAUUGAUUUUUGCCUGUUCUACAAAAAAACCGGUGACCAAAAAUAA